CUGCUGCUCCUGCUGCUGCUCCUGCUGCUGCUGCUACUGCUGCUGCAGGACACACACACGUGUGGUGAUGGAGCACCUGGAGGGUGUGAGCGCCACCAUGCCGCCCCCGCAGUCCCCCGGGCUCACCCACACAAGGACCCCAGAGUUGAGCAUGCAGCAUCACCAAGUUCAAGACUUGCUGCAUCAUGCGUCAGAGAUGACUGGCAAGAAACAACGAGUCUUGGAGGAAAAUGAGGUGUCCGCUAACAUGCAAGUAGUUAAUGGCAAGAAACAAUGUAUGUCAGAUGAGAGUGAUGGACCAGCUAGCAAGACGUUAGUGACAACUGCUAUGAAGUCUGAAGACUAUAAGACUCACUCUAACCCAGUUACAAUUUGGAAGGAAUGCAAUGAGCAGCUACUGAAAGUGCUGGAAACAUCCAGUAAUGAAUGGCUGAGCCAUUGGCGUGAGCUGCAUGAGGAAGAUAAAGCUGCCAUGGCGCACAUUAGAGCACUGUACAGUGUUGCUAGGGACAUGAACGUCAACUUCCAUCAACAGUUGGACAGUCUUCACAACACCGUGGUGGACGUCGUGUCUUCCUUCAAGAAGUAGCUCAGAGUCAGCAUGUAUGGUGCAUUCUUACAAGCAGUAGCUGUCAGAGUCAGCAUGUAUGGUGCACUCUUACAAGCAGUAGCUGUAAGAGUCACCGUGUAUGGUGCAUUCUUGCAAGCAGUAGCUGUCAGAGUCAG